AUGGACAUCACAGAAUUUGAGAUACCGCUUUUUUCACCAAAUAUUACGGAAAUUAAUUUCGGGAUCUUCGACCUAUGGCUCCAAGGGCAUAAUGAGCAUGAAGUGGUGUGUAUGCUACAGAACACCUUCUACGCUGAUUUGAUCAAAAGAAAGAAUGAGUUGAAUAACAGUUGUGAUGGAGAAGGGGUAGAGAAUAUAAUAACAAACAAGGAAAAGAACGAUAAUACAAUGUAUAAGGAGAAGAAUGAACAUGUUAAGGAAAAAUACAAAGACAAUGUUUUUUAUGUAAAGAAUAGAAUAAUGAAUAUAUUUAAUAUUGAUAAUAAGGAAAGUGAUUAUAUAGGUAAUAAUAUAUUUUUCGAUAAUUUUUUAUGUUUAUAUAUAAAACACCAAUUUUAUAUAUUUAAUAUUUUAUCUCAUCAUUUAACAAAUUUGGACUUACGAUUUUCCAAUUUUUAUAUUUCUAUAAGCAAAAAUAAAGCUUUAAAACUGGUAAAAUAUUAUUACAACAUAGAUUUUAAUUUGGAGAAAGAGAUGAUUAGAUAUAAAAGCAUUAACAACAUAUCAAAGUACACGAACGAAUUGGUUAAAAUUACAAAUAUACAUAAAACAUCAGUGAAAAGACAAAUAGAAAAUAUAAAAAAUAUGUGGAAAUACAUAAUAAAUAUUUAUGAAAGGAGAAGUAUAAAUAUAAGUAUAUUACAGAAAAAAAGGAGAGUAAGUAUGAAAAAAGUAUUAAAAUUUAUUAAAAAAAAUUUUCAACUUUAUAAAUUUUUUAUGAAAAAGGAAACAGUUUUAGAUAUAAAUAAUGAUAAUCAUUAUCGAAACAAAUCUUUUUUAUUUAAAAAAAAAAGAAAAAGAAAAAAAGGAAAAGGAAAGAAAAAGGGACAAAAUAAUACUAAUUCAAAGAAUGAAUAUCAUCAAUAUAAUAUAAUCAAAACUUUAGAAAAUCUUGUUGGUAUUUAUUUAGCUAAAAGGUAUUUUCGUCUCUACUGGAUUAUAGCUUAUCAUAUCGAAGUACCAAAAAAAAUUAAUAUCCCAUACCCUUAUUUUAACAACAUCAUUUUAUUGUUAUUGGAAAAGUUACAAAUAAAUGAUUUGAUCUUGUCCAAAGAGUACAUAAAUGCAAGCAAAGAAAUAUACAAAAGGUUCAAGAUUAAUAAAAAUAUGGAUAUGCUGAAGAGUAAGUUGUGCAGUCUAGCUGACAUCAACAACUCUCUCCGGACGAGAACCUUAAUUCGUCUCAAGUGCAUCAUGAAUCUUUUGUGUUCCUUUAGAAAUUCCUACGAAAUAACCAAGUUCCUGCUAAUAUUUCACGAAUUGCAGAAGAACGAACCAUUUACAAAUGAGAAAACGUUUAUAAAGCAGAACAUUGGCAAUAACAAUUUUGUGAAUAGGAUGAUGUGUUUUAUAAAAGAGGCGGAAAACUAUUCGAAGAAAAAAAAGGCUGAGUAUGAGACUUCAAGAGGGAAGGAAAAAAUAAACAUUUCGUAA